ACAGUAAAGUCAAGUAGGACAAAGGUUAUCAUAUAAUAAUGAUAUAUAAGCUGCAAUUGCUGGGGCAUAGUACCCUCACAAUCUCACAUCAAUGAGGACUAGCAAUAUACACUGAAUGCUGCAAUAUCUGUUGAUGAGAUAUAUUACCUAGAGCUCUUUUGAUAUCAGAAUUAGUUUCUUAUGGAGAUUUCAUCCAUCAGAGGGUUACCUGAUGAUAUGGAAAUAAUGGAGGACGCUACCUUUCUCCAUCAGUGGCACCUGAGUUCUAUUGAUGACCCUAACUUACUACCAAUAGCUGCUGCUUUUGGAGAAACAUUACAACAUCAUGCAUUCAGUACUUAUCCAAACUUCAACCCCAAAACUUCCAUGGAAACUACACUUGCUGACGAUGAAAGAGGCACAAAACACCACAGAAACAUCAGCUUGAAUCCCAAUAGCAAAAGUGCUCAGACAUCAUCAGAGACACAAUUUGUCUCUUUCCCAAAUCUUUUCUCAUUUGUUGAUUCCAAUCACACAACUCCUCCACCUGACACUAUCUCUCAAGGAACCUUGGGGAAUCAUAAUAACUAUGUCUUCAAGGCAUGCCAAGAAGCCAAAAAGACUGGGAAACGUUAUAAACAUUCUCAACCUCAAGACCACAUCAUAGCUGAAAGGAAGCGGCGAGAGAAGCUCAGCCAGCGGUUCAUUGCUUUAUCUGCCCUUGUUCCUGGACUACAGAAGCUGGACAAAGCUUCUGUUCUUGGAGAUGCUAUCAAAUACUUGAAGCAAUUGCAGGAGAAAGUAAACGCUCUUGAGGAGGAACAAAACAUGAAGAAAAAUGUGGAGUCUGUGGUAAUUGUGAAGAAAUGUCAACUAUCCAAUGAUGUUAACAACUCUUCUUCAGAACAUGAUGGUUCAUUUGACGAGGCACUGCCUGAAAUUGAAGCAAGAUUUUGUGAGAGAAGUGUCCUCAUAAGAGUACACUGUGAGAAGAGCAAAGGAGUUGUAGAAAACACAAUCCAGGGAAUUGAGAAACUUCAUCUAAAAGUCAUCAAUAGCAAUACCAUGACAUUUGGAAGAUGUGCCCUUGAUAUAACAGUUAUUGCUCAGAUGGAUAUGGAAUUUUGCAUGGGAGUGAAGGAUCUUGUGAGAAACCUACGCUCAGCUUUUACAUCUUUCAUGUGAGAACGUUCUGUUAGUCCAUAUUAAACCGACUUCAAAAAGCACAACAAGAAGAAUAGAAGUUACAGUCAACUAUAUAUAUAUAUAUAUAUAUAUAUAUAUAUAUACCAGUUUAAAGUUUAUGUUCUUCGAUAAUAUUUUAUGCUUACAUGGCCUUGUGUGAUGUCUGUCAUCUCAUCUAUUUCAACCAUAUUCUUCUUUUUGCAUGGUCAACUCGUUGACCAUGUUAUUGGUACCCACCUGUUUCAAGUUUCAACAGUUACUAUACAGUUGGUUAGGCAUUUUUUGGCAGGAGGUUGAAAAGUUCAACCGGUCUGUUUUCUGUCCCUUUCUUACCUAAAUCUGAUUUGUUUCGGUUUUAAACAAAAUGUGAUUGGUAAAAGGUGUGAAGAGUUUGAAUAUGAUUUGCAGGACGUAAGUUGAAAACUCUUGCAGCUCUUGUACCACUAUACUUGUAUACUUCAUAGAAGUUUGGUUGAAAUUAAUGGAAUGGAAUAAUUGUACUAUAUCUUUUACAAA